AAUAAUCAUAGAUAAGAAAGAAAACAAGACAAUUAUUUUUUCAUAUAAAAUUGCAAAAAAUCAAAUUAAAAUUGUACGUGUUGUUUGAAACAAGUUGACAGGCACAACCCAACCAACGGCAGUCAGAUAAGUUUAUCAAAAGCUAGACACGUAAUAGUUUUACUCCAAGCGUAACCCUCUAAAGAAAAAAAAGCCUACCAACAACCUAUUGUUUCCAUUCAUCGUUUUCAACGUGUUUCAAAGCAACAAAAACAACUUUAAUACGCGAAACUACAAUUCUAUUCAAUUGAACUUUGGUAACAAAACGACCCGGAAAUAAUGAAUUCUAUUUUAAUUACUGGUUGUAAUCGUGGUCUUGGUCUAGGAAUAGUUAAAGCUUUGGUUAAGCUGCCCAAGCCACCACAGCACUUAUUUGCCACCUGCCGCAACAAGGAUCAAGCCAAGGAACUCCAAGAAUUGGCUUCUCAAAACCCAAAUAUUCAUAUUGUGGAAAUUGAUUUACGCAACUAUAAUUCUUACGACAAUUUGAUCAAACAAAUCGAAGACGUUACCCAGGACAAAGGUCUCAAUGUACUCUUCAACAAUGCUGGCAUUUCACCCCGUUCCACCAGAAUCAACCUUACCAAAGUGGAGGAUUUAAUGAAUACUUUCGAAACGAAUACUGUGGUACCCAUUAUGUUGGCAAAAGCCUGUUUGCCUUUAUUGAAAAAAGCCUCAAAGGCUCAAGAGAAUUUAGAUUUCAGUGUUAAUCGUGCCGCCAUUAUAAAUAUGAGUUCUGUUUUGGGCUCAAUUGAGUCGAACAUGGAAGGUGGCCUCUAUGCUUAUCGCACUUCUAAAUCGGCUCUUAAUGCUGCCACUAAAUCCUUGAGUAUUGAUUUGUAUGCCAAUAAAAUAUUGUGUGUAGCAUUGCAUCCCGGUUGGGUGCGUACCGAUAUGGGUGGUUCAAAUGCCCCGUUGGAUGUAGAGCCAACUACAGCGGAAAUUGUAGAGACUGUAAUGAAAUUUGGCGCAAAACAUAAUGGUGGUUUUUAUCAAUAUAAUGGUGAACAAUUGCCUUGGUAGAGGAGAAAUUUGAUUUGAUCUAAAGGAUUAAUCUUGUUGAUGAAAUGUGUCUUGUAAUGGAAUUUAUAAUGUGUUAAAGUUUGUAAUUAAUGUAAUAAUAAAGUGAUAAUUUUUCUUUAAAAAUUUUGGAAUAA